AUGUUGCGCCGCUGCUGGCAAGUCGCACCUCGCGUGGCGACCAACACCGCGAUGGUGGCCGGCGCAUUUGCCAGCACCCAGAAGCGUUUUCUGAAAAUAGCAAAGUCAGCGUUUGGCUUCUACUUGGCGCGCCGCGGGCAGCGGAAGUAUCCGUUGCACCGCAGGCCGCAUAUCAAAAACACACACUCAAUGAAUUUGAGUGCGCCAUACUUUUGGAGCUUUAUGACGGCGAAGAGCCAGACACUCUUCCUGCCGGAGGAGAAUUACAUCACCGGUGACUGGACGGGGAAGUUCUUUGUAUCAAAGCGGCAAGUAUACACCUUGCAGCAUGCCACUAGCGGGGCGAAGGUGCGCGUAAAGUCUUUUCCGUCUGUAUUUGAGUUCAACAGCCCGUCACGCUGGAACAUAGGGAAGGAGAUGAACACACUGACAAAGCCUCGCAUGGACCUUAUAGACGAGCAGAUGCUGACGAAGAAGCAACGCCUUGACUACGUCAAGGCUGGGUUGCUUCCCAAGUAA